AAGCCUACGUAGCUGCUCCAUCACGAUUCACAAUACUUGCUCACUCUCCCCUGAUUUCUUGAAUUCGCCGGCCAUUUUCUCCAGUUCAAGGCGUAGUUGACGACGUUGCUUAGCUGUCGCGCUUACUCCGCUCCGCCUCUCUUAAUUACUCCGCCUCCAUCGCGCCGGGACCGGCUAUUUAAAGCGUCGCAGCCAUGUUGGCAGUGAAGAAGGAGGGGCUGAAGCUGAGCACGCUCAGGGCGGAGGACCAGGAGGCGCCAGCCAUCUCGGAGAGCUUCGAGGCGGAGGCAGCAGCAGCGCCGCACACCGCCAUCCCCUCCUCCACGCUCGUGCCCUUCCCCCUGCUGCUCUCCGCCGAGGCGUACUGCCCCUGGACCAUCCCUUUUAGGAGCGCCAAGGACCCGCCUGGCCAGCUGACGGACACCGAGGUUACAUGGAUUGACGUCUUCAGGCGCAGCAUUGAGCCAUUCGGGAAACGUGCAGCCGGCGACACCUCCGUGGAGAACGCUGCAGAGAAGGCAAAGGUCUUCGAAGAGAAGUAUGCAGCCAUUCUUGAUGAUUUCGCCAAGGACCCAAACAGCCACGGAGGCCCUCCCAACAUAGUGACCCUUUGUCGGCUGAGGGAGGAGUGCCUGACAGAGGCAGGCUUCGAAGACAUCUUCAGGAAGACCAAGGCAGAGGAGAAUGAGAAGGCGCUGGCGAUGCUGCCUGCCACGCUGAAGAGAAUCGACGAAGUGACCGAUCUGAAGGAGAGGAUCGAGGUGCUGGUGAAGGGCGUGCUGGCAGGGAACAUCUUCGACCUGGGGGCCAACAACUCCGCAGCCCUGGUGGAGGGCGAGGGCCUGUCGUUCGAGAAGAGCUUCCAGCAGCUGCUGCCACGCCCGUGGGUGUUUGACCACGUGGCUGAGUUCCAGAAGGCGUGGCUGGACCGCACGUGGAAGAAGGUAGUCGUCUUCUGUGACAAUUCAGGGGCGGAUCUGGUGCUGGGGGUGCUGCCGCUCGUGCGGGAGUUGGUGAGGCAAGGCGCGCAGGUGGUGGUGGCUGCCAACGACAUGCCAAGCAUCAAUGACGUCACCUACAAUGAGCUGCUCUCACUUGUGCAAAAGGUGCAAGUGACAGUGGAGGAUGAGACUAUAAGUGCAGGCAUCGACAGCGGGCGCAUUCUCAUCGUCAACUCGGGCAGUGAUGUUCCUGUUGCUGACCUGGCACACAUAUCCCCUGAGCUGGCAUUCGCUGCUGAAGAUGCUGAGCUGGUCAUUAUGGAGGGCAUGGGCCGUGCCAUAGAGACCAACCUGCAUGCGCUCUUGACAUGUGACAAGCUCAACAUCGGCAUGGUGAAGCACAAGGAGGUGGCUGAUUUCCUAGGCGGCCGCAUCUACGACUGUGUUGUGAAGUACACCCCAGGCGACUAUGUCCCCACGCCCUCCCGAGUGCCCAAAGUACCAACCCACCUGUCUUCCGCAUAAGGAUCGGCAUGCAUUCCCUGUGACAAAGGCUCGCAGUCCCUUUUUUAUUGCCAAGGGACUUGGCACUUGUGUUCACUGUCAGGGAGGAUGAUGCGUCCUGUCACUGCCAGGAAGUUGGGCAUAAUGGAACUCCUCACUGCCAGAAUCUUUAUUUACCGGCCUCUGCCUCAAGCGUGGAGUACCAGGUGUUUCUGUUGGUCAAAGCACAGCAUGCGGCAUAAAAAUGGCUGCUAAGAAUGGCAUAUUCUUAUGAUGUCGUGCGACUGAUUGGGCCGAAAACUGUGCAAGGAGGGAUAUCAAAUCCUGCACAUCAUGGUGUCAUUGUUUUAUUCGUUAGAACUCAUGUGUCAUUUGUGGAGUGCUUACAACAGCGUAUACGGUGAUGGGAUGAGAUGAGACACAGAACAUGUACGGUAGGUACAUGUGCUUUGCUUGAUAUGCAUGCAACCUUCGUC